GAAAAGAACAACAAAAAACAUGUAUGCACAGUAAUGGAGGAUGUCAGAAACAUUUGGCACAUUUUCCAAGUGACCAUAUAUAACAUACAGAGUGACAUUUCUUCCUACUGCUUCAUUCCUGAGACAUGGCUAACAGACAAGUAUUAGCAGGAAGAGAGAGUCUUAAUCUCUUACAUAGGCUACAGUUGUCUCCACAGUCCAAGACACCAGACACUGUGCUGGAGUGGACUGAGCUUCAUAUAGACUCUGUUGGUAUAGACAACCUACCAGAUUCCAUUGACAGGUGUAAAAAUGUUAAGGCGAUAUCUGCACCAGGCAACAAGUUAUAUUCUUUACCACAGUCCAUAUCCAACCUGCCACACCUCACAGUGUUGAACCUAUGGAAGAAUACCUUCACUACAUUCCCCAUAGUACUGUGUGGCUUGACUAACCUUGAGGUGCUGUACCUGGGUAAAAACCAGCUAUCUGACAUACCAGUGGAUAUCACCAGGAUGAAAGGGCUUAGAGUAUUCAACCUCAAUAGCAAUGUCUUCAAUACAUUCCCUAUAGCACUGUGUGACUUGACUAACCUAGUUGAGCUGCACCUGGUUAAAAACAAGAUACCUGACAUACCAGUGGAUAUCACCAGGAUGAAAGGGCUUAAACUAUUCAACCUCACUAACAAUGCCUUCACUACAUUCCCCAUAGCACUGUGUGGCUUGACUAACCUCGAGGUGCUGUACCUGGGUAACAACCAGCUAUCUGACAUACCAGUUGAUAUCAGCAGGAUGAAAGGGCUUAAAAUAUUCAACCUCAAUAGCAAUGCCUUCACUACAUUCCCCAUAGCACUGUGUGGCUUGACUAACCUAGAGAAGCUGUACCUAUAUAACAAUGAGCUAUCUGACAUACCAGUGGAUAUCACCAGGAUGAAGGGGCUUAAAAUAUUCAACCUCAAUACCAAUGCCUUCACUACAUUCCCCAUAGCACUGUGUGGCUUGACUAACCUAGAGGAGCUGAACCUGGAUGACAACUACAUAGCUGACAUACCUGUACCUGUGGAUAUUACCAGGAUGACAGGACUAAAGGCACUUAGACUUAAGUACAAUUACAUCACCCACCUGCCACCUCAGAUGAGGAAUAUGGAAAGUCUGAGACAACUAGAUGUGACACAUAAUACUCUGGUACAACCACCUAAACAUAUUGCCAACAGGGGCCUAGAUGCUAUCAAGAGGUAUUUUGAGGCAUUAACUGACACCAAGGCAAUCCAGUCAAGUAGAAUGCAGGUCAACUUUCUUGGUGAAACAGAAGCAGGAAAAACUAGCAUUUCACGUACACUGCAACUUGGAGGGCCAACAAUGAUGGCAGACAGGACAAGAGUGGUGGAGCAGGGAACAUGUGAGGUUGACCAAAAUAUUGGCUUCAAUAUCAAUGACUUUGGUGGACAUGAUGUCUAUAAAAUAGUGCAUCCCAUAUUUAUCUCCAGUAGGGGCUUGGUUUUUAUCACUUUCAAUCUGUCUAAAUAUGAUCCAGAAAAGGAGGGUCAUUAUCAGCUCUACAUUGGAGACUGGAUUGACAAGGUGCAAGCACAGAUACCAGGGAUACAAAUAGCUCUAAUUGGAACUCACCUUGAUGAGGUUGAAAUUCCACAAAUAGAAGCAGCAUGCUCUGCAAUAACCAGGCAGCUUGAAGACCAUGCAAGUGAAAAGAAAAAGUGGUAUCAAGCACAAAAGGAGAAAUGUGAGAACAAAAUGAAAGAAAUACCUGAAGCCCAAGCAUCUCUCCACCAGGCCUACCAAAGCAAAGCAGCUCAUCUGCAGAAAUUGUAUGAUCAAAUGAAACCCAUUCAUGAGCAUAUUUUUACAGUGAGUUCUUUUACCUGUGAAGGAGUGUCAGAGCUGAAAGACUACCUGGUUUCUUUUGCCAGGACAAGUGCUGAAGUUUUGCCAGGACUGUGGGUGGAAGCAGCCAAGAAUAUCUGCACCAAGAAAAUUGAAGGUUCUGAGAACACACUUGGCUGGGAGGUGAUUGAAGACCUCAUUCUGCAAAAUGCACCUGCAUCAUGGAAAAAAAUGUCACUAGGAGAUAAAGAGAAAAUAAUUUGUGACAUCUUAAGUUUCCUAGCUCACCGUGGAGACAUAAUAUGGUUUGAUAGAAGCCCUUUACUGAUGAAAGUUGUUUUUCACAAGCAAGAGGUUCUUGUUAAUGUUCUCAAGGCAGUCCUCACACAUGAUAAAGGUGAAGUAUCACAGAAGCUCCAGAAGUCCAUGAAGAUUACAAGAAAGAAAGCACCCGAAAUAGAAAAAGACAUCUUCAGCAGAGGAAUUGUUUCUAAACAAGCUAUGAGUUGCCUGUGUGAGUCUUUCAAAUUGUCAAGUACUGAAGUUGAUGUCAUGAUAGAAAUGAUGCUGAAACUGGAGCUGUGCUAUCAAGUCCAGGAAGAUGAAUCCCUUCCAUUCAAUACCUCAUUCCACUUUCCAUGGCUCCUUACUGAAGAAAGACAACCUGAGCUAGACACCAAAUGGCCCAGCAAGGUUCCCCCAGACACCACACAACUUACCCUGCAGGUUUUCUUUCCAUACAAAUGUCCAGAUGGCUUAUAUGAGAAAUUUUCUGUUCGUCAGCACAAGCACCUUGGAUUCAUGAAGACCAUGCGAAUGGACUGGAAGGAUGGAGUGUAUGCAGAACUUGACGGAUGCAAAAUGCAGCUGACACGAGAGACACACCAGUCAAAUCCUGAUGCAGUUAGCCAAGAUCCAGACUGGGUUAUCAGCAUGGCUGUCCGUGGAUCACAUCUCUCCAACAUGUGGCAUGUUCUCAUGCAAGGCCACAGUGACCUCGUGGACAUCAUUAAAGAAGACUGGCCUGGGCUGUCACAUGACAAGUACCUGGUGUGUCCCCACUGUGUGAGUGAGUACAGUGAGCACCCAACCCUCUUCCCUGGAGAGAUACUUGACCAAACCAGUGGAACAGCUUCAAAACCAAGACAGAUGCCAUGUAUCAAUACUGGUGUCUCCAUUCCUACAGACCUAGUCUACCCACCACACCUGGUCAUGAGCUGGCAGGAAGAACCCUGUCUCAAGGACAUGUUAAAUGAGUUCCUGCAAGAAGGCAUCAUCACCCAUCGUGAAGCUGAAAUGGUGAGAGCAGAGCCUCCUCAACACCAUGACCAAACCUCAACUACCAGGGUGGUAUGUCCAGAGAAAACUGCUGUCUUCCUGGACAUUCUAACCAGGAAACCUGACAGGGCACAUGUUACACUGUGUCAAUGUCUUCAGGAACAAGGACAGACUGAUCUUCUUGAACUGAUCCAGUAA